UUUUAGGCAUGGAUACGCCGGGUUUUCUACUGGCGUGUUUCCAUAGGGUAAAUGACUACUUGGAUAACUCCAAAGCGAAUGUUAGGGUUAAUGAAAUCUUUUAUACCUCUGUGAAAGAGAAAUCUAGUUUAUGACUUGGAUAGAUUUUUGUGAACUGAGAAAUCCUUUCAAUCGACUUCUUUUUAUUUAGCUUUGAUUCAAAAGAAUGUGUUUAAUGAUGAGACUAAAAGAAUCGUUCGUUUAACGUUCUGAUCCUCUAUGAUUGGUAAUCUUCUCUCUGAACAUACACAUUCUUAGAUAGUUCUCCUAAUGGAGUGUUUGUAGAUCAAAUGAAUCUAAAAAUCUUGCAACAGAAAUACUGAUCCAAAGCAAAAAUAGUGUCUUCUCCUCUAUCCGAGAGAAUUCUGUCAGGCACUCUCACAUGUAGAUCAUGAAGACUCUGUGAAUUCAAAAACGGAAGUUAGCUUAGAAAACCUCAUUCUGCAUCUUG